CCAUCUGUUGCCAACCUGGAGUAUCUUUAUCAGCCUCAUGACUUUAAAAUGCUUCCUGUGUUACUUAAAAGCCCGUUUUCUUUCCUUUGUUUCCUUUACUUUUUUCUUUCUUCACUCGCACACAUUUCUUCUUCCCCAUUCCCACAUUCUGCGAUCGUUCAUUCUAUUUUCCACAAUGUCUUUAUCUCAUGCUGAUCCCGAGGUUAUUUCGCGUCUCACUGACGCCUUUACUCUUCCCACUUCAGCCUAUGAUGCCCUGGUCGAUCAAUUCAUCAAGGAGCUUAAUCAAGGUCUAGCUCAUAAAGGCCAGAUGCCCAUGAUCCCCACAUUUGUUUAUGAACUACCCACUGGUGAAGAGACUGGAGAGGUUCUAUCUCUCGAUCUUGGUGGAACAAACCUUCGUGUGUGCAAAACGACUCUCUUUGGUAAAGGUCAAUUCGAGAUUAUUCAUAAAAAGUGGGCCAUCUCUGAUGCUCUCAAGAAGGGUCCAGGCAAGGACCUGUUCGCUUGGAUCGCAGAUAGGAUCGAGGAGUUCCUGGCACAUCAGUGUGGUCACAAUGACAAGGAGAAAAUCUACCCUCUUGGUAUGACCUUCUCCUUUCCCUGUGAACAGCUCGAUAUCAACGUGGGAAAGCUAUUAUUUUGGACUAAAGGCUUUAGAGGUAAUGACAUCUUAGGACAAGAUGUCGUAAAGAUCCUUCAGGAUUGUAUUGAUGCAAAAAAGCUCAAUGUCAUGGUGAAUUCGCUAAUCAACGACACUGUUGGCACUCUUUUGGCCACAACCUAUAAACAUCCUGGCUGCGAGAUUGGCAUCAUCUUUGGUACUGGAACCAACUGCGCUUACCUCGAAGAGCAGUCCCAGAUCACGAAAAUUAAGUCCGAUGCUUCCAACUCUACGGCUCUUACGGAUCAACAGCUCAUUAAUACUGAAUGGGGCUCGUUCGGAAACAAGAGCGGUAUACUUCCUAUAAACGAGUACGACGUGCAUCUUGAUGCCAAAAGCAGCCAACCAGGCAAGCAACUAUACGAAAAAAUGGUUUCCGGCUUAUACAUUUCAGAGCUGGCCCGUAUCGUCUUCCAUGAUCUGGCUUUAAAUGGCAAACUUUUUGUUGAAGAAUCUGGUCAUUUCAAGUCUUCUGAGGAGUUGGGGGAUUUGGCACUCAAAGAGCGUUUUGAUGGUGCUAUGAUGGGUGCGUUGGAAGGAGACGAAUCCGCUCAGUUGGAUGUAAUUGAGAACCAUUUCUUGAGCAGCUACAACCUGAAAACGUCACUCUCAGAUCGCGAGACAAUCAAGUAUAUCUGUCAAUUGAUUUCUACUCGGGCUGCCCGUCUUUCAGCGGUUGGUAUUGCAGCACUGAUCAAGAAACGUCAGAUGUUGACCAAGCCUAACCAGACGAUUGUGGGCAUUGACGGUAGUCUCUUUAAUAAGUAUCCCAACUUUAGACCCCACAUAGAGGGUGCCCUCAACGAGAUUUUUGACACAGCAACGGUGAAGGCUAAGAUCGCUCUGAUCAGCGCAGAAGAUGGAAGUGGCGUGGGAGGAGCCAUUGCAGCACAUUUGACAUGCAAGCAGAAAGGACUUCCAGUUUGAGUGCACUUUACUUUGUGUUGGAUAUAGUGGCCGUUCAUUUCGACUGUAAUAAGCCCGGCGUGGAAAUUUUGCCCUUGUGCAAUCAAUAAAUUCCAUCAUACCUCCCCAGCUUGAUCUA